GCAGGCUGCACCUUCCCGCCGCGAUGAACGCGAGCACCUCUCCGCUCAACGAGUCCCGGGUGGCGGCGGGAGCGGCGGCGGCCACCGCGGCGGGGGCGCGGGACAGCGGCGACUGGGGGGCCCCUGCGACGGCGGCGCUGGGGGGCCCCGGGGCAGCUAACGCGUCCCUGGAGCUGGCUUCCCAGCUGGCGGCCGCACCGCCGGGGCCGCUUCUGUCCGCUGUGAACCCGUGGGACGUGCUGCUGUGCGCGUCCGGCACGGUGACCGCAGGCGAGAAUGCGCUGGUCGUGGCGCUCAUCGCGUCCACCCCGGCGCUGCGCACGCCCAUGUUCGCGCUGGUGGGCAGCCUGGCCACCGCCGACCUGCUGGCGGGCUGCGGCCUCGUCCUGCACUUCGUGUUCCGGUACGUGGUCCCCUCGGAGACCGCGCGCCUCCUCACCGUGGGCUUGCUCGUGGCCUCCUUCGCCGCCUCGGUCAGCAGCCUGCUGGCCAUCACGGUGGACCGGUACCUGGCGCUCUACAACGCGCUCACCUACUACUCGCGCCGCACGCUGCUGGGCGUGCAUCUCCUGCUCGCCGCCGCCUGGGCGGCGUCCCUCGGCCUCGGGCUGCUGCCGGUGCUCGGCUGGAACUGCCUGGCGCAGCGCGCCGCCUGCAGCGUGGUGCACCCGCUGACCCGCAGCCACGUGGCGCUGCUCUCGGCCGCCUUCUUCGCGGUCUUCGGCGUCAUGCUGCACCUGUACGUGCGCAUCUGCCAGGUGGUCCGGCGCCACGCGCACCAGAUCGCGCUGCAGCAGCACGGCCUGGCGCCGCCGCACCUCGCCGCCACCAGAAAGGGGGUGGGCACGCUGGCCGCGGUGCUGGGCGCUUUCGGCGCCAGCUGGCUGCCCUUCGCCAUCUACUGCGUGGUGGGCAGCCGCGAGGACCCGGCCGUCUACACCUACGCCACCCUCCUGCCCGCUACCUACAACUCCAUGAUCAACCCUGUCAUCUACGCCUUCCGCAACCAGGAGAUCCAGCGCGCUCUGUGGCUCCUGCUCUGCGGCUGUUUCCAGGCCAAAGCGCCCUUCCGUUCCAGGUCGCCCAGCGAGGUCUGAAGGCUCCCGCCCUCCUCUCGCCAACACCAGGGCCCCGGCAGGCCAGCCUCGGCGAGCUUCUCGGGCCCUGCUGGCGAACUCCGAGACCCCGAGGGCGUGAUCUGACUCGGGACA